AUGGCCGGAAGAAACGCAAUAAAUAAGCCCAAGAUCAAGCUACUUGCCAACAGCCACUCAAAGACGCUCGGAAGAAGAAGAGCAGCAGCACGGGCCAACGCGGUGCAGACAAGAUCAUCGUCUUCGAGGUAUGCCGACCGAGCAACGACAGCUCCGCGUCCAACGGACUCGAAAGCGGUGGCGCUCUUCACAGGCGAAACGCCGCGGCCGAGAACCAAGAUGACCACCUCGUCGCUAAGCAAAAAAAGAGCAAAGAAAAUAGCUAGAAACCAGAGAUAUUUGACGAAACAGCAAGAAGAGGAUAUACUCAUGCAAGUUGAUCUGGAGGUGAACCAGAACAAAUUUGAAGCUGCCAAAAAGGCGUUGUGGGGGUUGGUUGAGGAGUUUGAUGCAAAUGGCCCUCGUGUCGUGCCUGACCCUGAAGCCGAGGGAACAACCUUGGGAGUCCAAGCAUUCUAA